UUCUCGCGAGACUUGUCAACGUGCCAGAGUACAAAGUCAAGUUACAGAGUUCAAACCGUUACUUGUGAGUUUUUCUUUCCCCGGUUGGCGGCUACGGGAAGUGACACCGGUUUACUUUGAAAAUACAACAAGACGGGGAGGAGGGAGGGAAGGAGAGAGAGAGAGAGAGAGUUAAAGAAAAGUUAUCCGCUCCUUCAUUCGACGGGACGUCCCUUCUCUGAAACAACCUACCACGUUGACAAGCUGCGAAUUUCAUAACCGCCGAGGCACGACCGGGCGGGUGUAAAGAGUUGUUUGAUUUGAUCACCGCGAGCAACCUGCGCGCGGUUUGUGAAACCGUCGCGAGCGCGAGCCCCAGAUGGCCUUUCGCCUCAGCAUGUGCGACUUGGAGGACACGUCCAGCUCCCUCAUCAUGAACGAGCGCGAGCGGCUGCUGAAUCCCGCGGACACCUGCGCGCGCGCGACCACGGCCGAGCUCAGCAAGGCGGUCUCGGUGUCGUUGGGUCUGGACUCGGUGUCUUCUCCGCCCAACAGCGGCGCGCACCCGUCCUCCGGCGGUGCCUACGCAGACUUCGACCCCGCGGCGGAGAGCAGCGCUCGCGCAGCACCGGAGUUGGGAGCGGCGGCGGCUACGCGGCUCGUGAACCCCCCGGAGGGUUGCGGCCGGCUGCUGCUGAGCGGCGGGAGCGCGGACCCGCGCAGGGACGACUUUGGAGACGCGUGCCACGGCGGUCAGCAGGUGAGCUGCAUGGAGCUGCUCAGGUCGAGCGACGCGGACGGCGCGCAAGGCGGCGGCGGCGGCGGGACGCGCGACUCCGUGAUAGCCAGAUACGUCUGCAAGGAAUCCAACUUGUUCAUGACUCCCGCGGCGGAGCAGCUGGCCGCGCACUCUCAGAUGGACGAGCUCUUACCUCUGGGACCGUCCUCCGCGUACUGCGCCGGUCCGCACCUAUACCGGGACCCGCCGCAGAGCGUGUGGCGCGCGUACAGCAGCCGAUCCGAGCCCGAGAGAGGCGGAUCCGGCGGACGUGAUUUGUUGUGUAAAUACUGUAACUGUGAGCAAGCCCCGCUCGGGUCCAGACGGGAAUGCCACUGCGUCUGGUACAGCAAAGGUGAGCACGGCGGCAAAGGUGGCACGCGCGCGGCGCUGGUGGCACAGGGGUACGGCCAAGUGGAAAGUUACCAAUGCGCGAUCCCCCAGGAGCAGUUCGCCCUGUCCGCCAUCAAGACCGAGCCGUCGGUGUGGAUGGAUUGCUCAGAUCGCAGCUUCAGGCAUGAGGACUUGUUCCCAGGUGUCUACCUGUCAGACAGGAGGGUGUGCCAGGUGUGCGGCGACGAUGCCUCCGGUUGCCACUACGGAGCCGUCACCUGCGGGAGCUGCAAAGUAUUCUUCAAGAGGGCUGCUGCAGGUAAGCAGAACCACCUGUGUGCCAGCCGCAACGACUGCACCAUCGACAAGCUGAGGAGGAAAAACUGCGCCUCGUGCCGCUUGAAGAGAUGCUUCAUGUCGGGAAUGAGCCUGAAAGGUCGCAGGCUGAAGGGAACCGGACAUCCGAGGAGCGCAGAGGAGGACCAGGAGCCCGGGGAAAGGGCCCGAAGGAGAGACGUCCUCUUCGAGCCGGGCGGCGCGGCCGUCAGGGCUCAAACGUCCCGGGCGCUGGCGCUCGGCAUCCCCCCGACGCUGCGCUCGUGCCUCUCCCUGCUCAGCGUCCUGCAGGCCAUCGAGCCGGCCGUGGUCAACGCGGGGCACGACCACGCGCAGCCCGACAGCCCCGUGUCGCUGCUCACCAGCCUCAACGAGCUGGGCGAGAGGCAGCUGGUGACCGUGGUGCGUUGGGCCAAGGCGAUACCAGGUUUCCGUGACAUGCAUGUAGACGACCAGAUGUCCGUGAUUCAGUUGUCCUGGAUGGGCGUGAUGGUGUUCGCUCUGGGCUGGAGGUCCUACACCCUCACCAACAGCUCCAUGCUGUACUUCGCUCCAGACCUGGUCUUCAAUGACCAACGGAUGCAAGUGUCCAGUAUGUAUGAACACUGUGUGAGGAUGAGGCUGCUCUCCCAGAGGUUCUGCAUGCUGAAGGUCACCCAGGAGGAGUUCCUCUGCAUGAAGGCCCUGGUCCUCUUCAGCAUCAUGCCGGUGGAGGGCCUGAAGAACCAGCGGUGUUUUGAUGACCUGCGGACCUCCUACAUCAAGGAGCUGGACCGCGUGGCCAGCCGCUGCGGAGAGACCACCCGCACGCAGCGACUGUUCCAGCUCACGCAGCUGCUGGACUCCCUCCAGUCGAUCGUGAGGAAGCUGCACCAGUUCACCUACGACCUGUUCCUCCAAGCUCAGUCGCUGCAGACGCGCGUCAACUUCCCGGAGAUGAUCUCCGAGAUCGUCAGCGUCCACGUGCCCAAGAUCCUCUCGGGCCUGGUCAAGCCCAUCCUGUUCCACAACGUGGCCUGAUAAGAAAGUAAAAAAAAAAAAAGGAGAGCCCGACACCCCCCACCCACGUAGAAUCCCCCCCGCCCCCGCCCACGUCGUCGCCCCUAUGCGUCGCCUCGACGGUUUGCGCGGUUGUUUUUUUCACGAGGGUGAAGUGAACCGGUGGAGCGCGGGUGAAGCGAUGAAGGGCAUAAAGCGCAUUCCUCCAGUCUAAUUGCAUCCACUUUGUUCUUCUUACUGCCUGCUAGCUGUAUCUCUCUCUCUCUCUCUCUCUCUCUCUCUCUCACACACACACACACACAUUCACACACGACACAUGUUUUUCUGGAGCCAAUUUAAAGAAACACGCAUUCCUUCACACAGGGCUCACGAAAGGCCUCGCCGCCUCGCCGCCGGUAGACGUCUUUGUAUUUUAAAAAAGCCGACAACGUGCGGAUAUGUUUUAUUUCGGGGAGGCGAGCCGGCGGCGAGAACGAGCCGCCGAGGUCCGCCGCGUCGCUUGUGUCCGUGCGUGCGGUGGCUUUUUUGACAUUUUGCGCUGGCUUUCUUCUUCGAACAAUGGAUGUUGUGUGUGCGCGCCCCGAGGUGAGCCGGGUUUGAUUGACAGCUAAUAAGCGGCGGCGGCGGCGGUGCGUGCUAAGACGCAAGUCCGUCUCGCCCGAAAUACGAGGACGGGCCCUUUUCGAUGAGCCGUUUCCGAUCCGCCGGCGGAGGGGUCACAGGGGUCACGAGCCGAAAAGAUACGCUUUUAAAAACCUGCGAGUUACCGCCGUUGAUGACAAUUCCACUUGUGUAUUUAAGAAUUUUUUCUAAUAUUAAAAGGUCAAACUGAAGAGAAAAUAAUUGUACGAAAUACCUUUUAACUGUGGCGCAUUUUUUUUUUCCCUGCCGUGUGUGUGUGUGUGUACUUUUGCGUGUUUUUUGAAUGCCAAACAUUAUUAUGAGUAAAGAAUAAUAAUUCCAGGACAAAACAUUUCAUACCGUUUGUGACUUUUUCUACAGUUUCUUAAACUAAGUGUUGCUCGCUGAAGUGCUUUUGUCGUGUGUCGCCUCGCAGCUCCUCGACGUGUUUGACAAAACGGGAAAAAGGUCCCGCCAAGAAUCCGCUAAUUGUGUUGCCUCGGCAACGGCUCGUUGUGUAAUAAAAAGUGAAGCAUG